CACCCACACCCACACCCACCCACACCCACACCCACACCCUCCCACCCACACCCACACCCUAAUUUUGUGGUACCUACGAAAAUUCACUAGGAACAAGAUUGUUUUGAAAGAAAAAAAGCAACACGCAUCCAAAUUUGAUCGAACUAUCUUUUAAAAAAAACUUCCAACCCAAUAGGCCAUACUGUAUAGAUUUUUUUUCAGCAUAUUUUGUCAUUUUUUCCGAGUUUUUUAUAUAUAAGAUGCGAGUUUCAGUUCUCAAAGUGUGCUCAAUGGACAGAGAGCAUUUGAAUCUAUAUACUAAUAACAAAAAAUGAAAAACGAAAGAUCUGAAAAUUUUUGGUCAGGAAAGAGGGUGUUCCCUUAAACAGCAACCACAACUUGCAUUCUCCUGAGAUUUGCCCAAAAAACUCAUGGAAAAGCUUGUCGAAUCUUUAAUUAUUGGUAGAAAUAAAUUCUAUUUCUUUCAGACAUGAAAAAUUCACGAUGAAAUCUAACCAUGAAAAGUUUUGACACGAAAAACUGUAGUUAAUUUUUCACGCUAUAGAAAACCUACUAAUGUAAAUGUAAAAAACAAAAGAUUAUGCUUAUUUCCUCUGAAAAAAGCGAAAUUAAUGAUGAAUCAUUUCUUAUUUCUAUGUUGUAAUUUCUUUCUAUAGUGCAAUACAACGUUUUGUUUAUUAUAUGAGUCAAAAAAAUAUAUAUUGCAGUAGUUACUGAUAUAUAUAUAUUAUUUACAUUAGAACAUAUCGAUCAAGUAUGUCUAUAACGAAAUUUGAAUUAUUACCAAAUGAAAUUUUGGUCGAAUGUUUUGAAUAUCUCAAUGCUUUGGAUAUUUUUCAUUCAUUUGAUCAAUUAAAUUAUCGUUUUUAUAUACUUAUUCGAAAUAUUCGAUUGUAUCUCAGUUUUGAACAUGUGAUGUCUAAAUUACGAAUAUUAUCAGUAACAGACUCGUAUCAGCAUUUAGAACUUAUUGAUCAAAUUUCAUCAAUUACAAAUUUAACAAUACCAAAAUGCUAUUUAGAUUCAUUACAUAAAAUAUUAAAAACCGUCCCGAUGCUAAAAUAUCUUAAUUGUCAAAAUAUUUCUGAAUGUAAAAAAUUUUGGAAUCAUUCAAUAGAAUUCAAAGAUUAUCAAUGUGUUCAUUUAAAACAAUUAGUAAUGAUUGAAUUUCGAUGUAAAUUUGAAGAUUUUCAAAUGCUCAUAAAGCAUACACCAAAUUUAAAAAGUUUGUUUAUAUCUGCCGAUUAUGAAAGAGAAAUGAUUAAUGCUUAUCGUUGGGAAAAAUUGAUUAUAUCUUCACUUUCUCAAUUAACUUCUUUUCAAUUUAAAUUUAAAAUUUCUUAUCGAAAAGAUGAUUAUAAUAUUUUUGAUAAGUUCAAACAAUUUUACACCAAAUUUUGGCAAGAAGAACAUCAUUGGUUAGUAGAAUAUAUCUUACAUGACUAUUCAGCAGUAAUCUAUACAAUACCUUAUAUACUAAAUACAUAUACAUUAACAAUUGAUUCGAUAAGAUAUUCAAAUAAACUAGUCAAUCAAUUCAAUACAUUCGAUAAUGUAACAGAUUUAAUCAUAGAUGAUCAAGUGUUAACAAAAAAAGUUUCACAUCACUUUCGCUUUUCAAAGGUGGUUUCAUUAACAUUGCGCUCUUCAACAUACAUGUGGAACAAGAAUGACAAUAGUAUAUUGAGAGAAUAUAUCGAAUCUUUGAGAACGAUUGUUAAUUUAUCUAAUAUAAAACACUUAGAUAUUUCAAAUGAUCAUCAUAUGGAAAUGUCAUUUAUAUUAUUGGAAAUCUUAAAAGAAGCAUCAAAUUUAUCAUCUCUCAAAAUUGCUCCACAUAUUUUAAAAUCAUUAUUGGAUAACAAUGAUUUACAGAAAUAUUUAAAUAAAAUGAUUCGAAAAUUAAAUAUAUCUGGAUAUAGUCAAUAUAUAUUCAGUAACUCAAAUCACAUAGAACAAUUUUGUCAAAUAUUUUCCAAUAUUGUUGAAUUAACAUGGGAAGAUUGUGACUCAAAUGAUUUAUCAUAUUUGAAAAAUAGAUUAUUAAAAUUAUCUAUGAUAAAAAUCAAUUAA